AUGUGGGAGAAGCGUGAACAAGUGAAAACAACAACCUGGAAUGCAACAGUGAUUGGAGGUGGUGAGACUUGGACCGACAAUGGUAGGGUGGCCCAGUGGCCCGAGGAAACCAGUAAACAGCAGGAAGUGGUACCGGAGAAAACACUAGUGCCAUUUUGGGAAGUGGGAGAAUGGGUGGCGAGUGUAGCUCGAACAACGGGUGGGCUGCGAUCAACAGGAGUUGCGGGGGGACACACGAAGGACGUAACGCUCACUGAGCGUGUCCAGAGAGCCACUACGAAAAUAAUUGUCAGCCUCAAAUCCGUGGACUACGAAACGCGUCUCGCGGUGCUUCACCUCUUUCCCCUGGAGUAUCGUCACCUAUAA